AUGGGACCACCAAAUGGUUGCCGGAAGCAUGGCUACAACCUGGCACUGACCAGGGACCUGAGCGUUUCACCGUGCGAUGACUUUUACGCGCACACGUGCGGAAAUUGGAAUCGCCUGUACAGUGUGCCCAUCGCCAGCGUGAUGCGCCUGCAGGCCCAACGAGUGACCUACAAGGAACUGACGAAAUACGGUUCUGAAGCGGGGUCUGCGGCCGCCUUCUACGCCACCUGCGAGUUUCCCAAGAGCGGAAACGAGGAGGCGGCCUUGUCUCUCUUCGCCGUGUGGAAGCGCUCAGUGGGCCUUUUGUGGCCCGAGCGGCGUCAGACGGCCAAGGUGCACCCGCUUGGCACUCUGCUGAGACUCUCCCUGAACUGGAACGUAAACCUGCUGUUCACGGUCCGCAUCAACGCCGACCGAAGGAGACCAGGUCGCACCUUCUUCUUCGGCACGGGCACGCUGAACGAACGCCAGAGACGAAAACGUGGCAGUGACCGUCAGGAGGUCUUUGAGCAUAUCGUGGCCGACCACUGCAGAGUGCUGAAUGCAAGCGCGUCUACUGGCAACCUGACGCAGCUGAAAGCAGUCGUAGACGCUUUGUACGGCGUAGUCCUGAAGGCACGCACUUAUGACGCCAACACCGACCAGAUUUGGAUCCGACUGUCCGCCAUCGAUGAGUACAUGGCGGCGGUCAGUGGUGACCUCUGGCGCGAGCUCUUGUCCAACAUCCUCGCCCGCAGAAACGUUCAGGUGGAUCUCAACGACACGAUCGUGGUGCGUAGCGGCCGCCUUCUGUUGGCGCUCGACGAGAUCUUCACCGAGUACGCUCAGGAGCCCGAGAGUCUCCUGGAAGGCAUAUCGUGGCUCGUCAUCGAGCGCUUCCUCUGGGUCGCCGGCGAGGCACCGAGCCUCCGCUUCGGCGCGGGUGACUCGGCGUUGUUGUCGAAGAAGGCGGCCUGCAUCGACCUCGUCGACUCGCAACUCGGCCUGCGCAGCACGGCUGGUUGGUUACGCCGUCGCUUCAACGCCACCAACCGACUCGCCCUCGACACCUUCCUGGGCGGGCUGGUGCAGGCUCUCCGAGAUGGCCUCGCGGGUCUGUCCUGGAUCGACCGAGCGUCCUUGCAGGAGGCGACGCUAAAGCUGUCCAAUCUGAAGUUCGACGUAUUGCCAAUCUACGUGUUCUUCGGUGCCGACGGCAUGGUCGACCUGUUCCGCGACUUCGACGCGGUGGUCGACAAAGUUACGAGCUUCAUGGGGUACUUCAUAUGGUUCGCCAACAUCCUACGCCGCUACCUCGGCAGCAACCGCUAUGAAGGCGUCUACCAUAGGCGGCUCGCAGAUGUGGAUACCAGGCUGGCCGAGUACUUCUACUACACCAACUCGAUGCGGAUCUCCCUGGCCUCCCUGGAGCCGCCGCUGUACAGCAGCGACGGCACGUAUGCCAUGAACUACGGAGGUCUGGGAUCCUACGUCGCUCGCGAGCUGAGUCGUGUCUUGGACGACGUCGGCACUCUCGUCGACUUUCAAGGAAGUACGAGAACCUGGUGGGGGCCAACCACGUCGGCCGACUACAGGGACAGGCUCGCGUGCGAUUUCGACCCCGUGAGGCGUCUAAUAUACUUCAAUCGCAGCCCCGACGACGGCACUGCUGGCAACACCUCGGCCGGAGAAGGUGGCGACCUCCGACUGCAGUUGUUCCCGCACAUGCCCGCACUGGAGACCGCCUACCGUGCCUUCAAGCGUGCCGUUGCCUCAGGGCUAGAGAGCAAAGUCGGCGUGAUGCACUUGCCGAACCUGGAGGACUACACCGACGAGCAGGUGUUCUUCCUCACCUACUGUCACGCGCUGGGCGCGCCGGCGGGAGAGCGCCGCGCGCAGAGGCUCUGCAACGUGCCUCUCAGCAACUUCCGAGCGUUCGCCGAAGCCUUCGGGUGCCCAGUAGGUUCGCCCAUGAACCCGAAGAAAAAGUGCACCUUCUUCGACUCCUCGUAG